CCUUUCUGCUCAGGCAUCGUCCCGGGCAGCCCCGCGCUCUCCGGCGGGGGCCUCCGUGCGGCCCGCGGCCCCCGUUAGUGCGCCUCCAAGAUGGCGACGCUGUUGGCGGUAAAUUCGGCUGCUAGCCUGUGGGGUCCUUACAAAGACAUUUGGCAAACGGUGGGAAAUGCCCUUUGGAGAAGACAACCUGAAGCUGUCCACCUUCUCGACAUGAUUCUGAAGAAACACAAACCUGACUUCAUCUCACUGUUCAGAAACCCACCAAAAAAUGUUCAGCAACACGAGAAGGUCCAGAAAGCCAGUACCGAGGGCGUCGCCAUCCAGGGCCAGCAGGGCACGCGUCUUCUUCCUGAACAGCUCAUUAAAGAGGCCUUUAUCCUCAGUGACCUUUUUGAUAUCGGGGAAUUGGCAGCUGUUGAGCUGCUCCUUGCUGGCGAGCACCAGCAGCCGCAUUUUCCCGGCCUCACCAGAGGGUUGGUGGCUGUUCUCUUGUACUGGGAUGGGAAGCGCUGCAUCGCGAACUCCCUGAAGGCGCUGGUCCAGUCCAGACGAGGGAAGACUUGGACCCUCGAGCUCAGUCCAGAGCUGGUGACCAUGACAACACACUUCACCGACGAACUGAUGGAGCAAGGGUUGACUUAUAAAGUUCUUAGUCUGGUGUCACAGAUUGAUGUGAACAAUGAGUUUGAGAAACUGCAGCGGGAGAGAGGCCUGGGCAGUGAGAAGCAUCGCAAAGAGGUGUCUGACCUCAUCAAGGAGUGCAGGCAGUCCCUGGCCGAGAGCCUCUUUGCCUGGGCUUGCCAGUCACCGCUGGGCAAAGACGACACGCUCCUCCUGAUUGGCCACCUGGAGAGGGUGACUGUUGAAGCCAACGGCUCUUUGGAUGCUGUGAACCUGGCUCUUCUCAUGGCGCUGCUCUACUGCUUCGAUAUCAGUUUCCUGGAACAGAGCACCGAGGAACGAGACGAUAUGAUUCAUCAGUUUCCCCUGUUGACCGAGCGACAGUACAUUGCAACGAUUCACUCUCGUCUCCAAGACUCCCAGCCAUGGAAGCUCCCUGGGCUUCAAGCCACUGUUCGACUCGCCUGGGCACUGGCUCUGAGGGGGAUAUCGCAGCUACCCGAUGUGACAGCUCUGGCUGAAUUCACGGAAGCAGAUGAGGCGAUGGCCGAGCUCGCUAUCACUGACAAUGUCUUCCUGUUCCUCACUGAAUCUGUCGUGGCCUCAGAAAACUUCUACCAGGAGGAGUUUUAUAUCCGUAGAAUUCAUAACCUCAUCACAGACUUCCUUGCACUUAUGCCAAUGAAGGUGAAACAGUUGCGGAAUCGGGCCGAUGAAGAUGCUCGAAUGAUUCACAUGAGCGUGCAGAUGGGAAAUGAACCCCCCAUUUCACUCCGAAGGGACCUGGAACACUUAAUGCUCUUGAUUGGUGAGCUGUAUAGAAAGAACCCUUUCAACCUGGAGCUUGCUCUGGAAUAUUGGUGCCCCUCCGAGCCGCUUCAGACGUCCACUAUCCUGGGCUCCUACCUGGGGGUGGCUCACCAGCGCCCCCCUCAACGCCAGGUUGUUUUGUCAAAGUUUGUUAGGCAAAUGGGUGACCUGCUGCCUCCAACGAUUUAUAUUCCUUAUUUGAAAAUGCUCCAGGGAUUGGCCAACGGGCCCCAGUGUGCCCACUACUGUUUUAGCCUGCUCAAAGUCAACGGUAGUAGUCAUGUUGAAAAUAUCCAGGGAGCAGGCGGCAGCCCUGUUUCCUGGGAGCAUUUCUUCCACUCCUUGAUGCUGUACCACGAACACCUCCGGAAGGACCUUCCGAGCGCAGACAGUGUCCAGUACCGGCACCUCCCUUCGCGCGGCAUCACCCAGAAGGAGCAGGACGGGUUGAUUGCUUUCCUGCAGCUCACGUCUACCAUCAUUACGUGGAGUGAAAAUGCUCGCCUGGCCCUGUGCGAGCACCCUCAGUGGACGCCUGUGGUGGUCAUCCUGGGACUGCUGCAGUGUAGUAUCCCCCCCGUUCUCAAAGCCGAACUCCUGAAGACACUUGCUGCUUUUGGACGCUCUCCUGAAAUUGCUGCUUCGCUGUGGCAGUCACUGGAAUACACACAGAUACUGCAGACCGUAAGAGCUCCAAGCCAGAGACAAGCAAUUGGUAUUGAGGUCGAACUAAAUGAAAUCGAAUCCCGCUAUGAAGAAUAUCCAAUGACCCGGGCCUUUUGCCAGCUUAUUAGUACCCUGGUGGAGAGUUCGUUUCCUGCUAAUUUGGGCGCUGGACUGCGACCCCCGGGCUUUGACCCUUACUUGCAGUUCCUCAGAGAUUCUGUGUUCCUCCGAUUCCGCACCAGAGCCUACCGGAGAGCUGCUGAAAAGUGGGAAGUGGCUGAGGUGGUCUUGGAGGUGUUUUAUAAAUUACUCAGAGAUUACGAGCCUCAACUUGAAGAUUUUAUAGACCAGUUUGUAGAAUUACAAGGAGAAGAAAUCAUCGCCUACAAGCCCCCAGGGUUCAGCCUGAUGUACCACCUGCUGAACGAGUCCCCCAUGCUGGAGCUGUCCCUGAGCCUGCUGGAGGAAGGGGUCAAGCAGCUGGACACCUACGCGCCUUUCCCUGGGAAGAAACACUUGGAGAAAGCAGUGCAGCAUUGCCUUGCAAUCCUCAACCUGACGCUGCAGAAGGAAAACCUCUUCAUGGAUCUCCUCAGAGAGAGUCAGCUGGCUCUAAUAGUCUCUCCCUUAGAACAGCUUCUGCAGGGAAUCAAUCCCAGAACUAAGAAGGCAGAUAAUGUGGUGAAUAUUGCCAGAUACCUGUAUCAUGGCAAUACGAAUCCAGAAUUGGCCUUUGAGAGCGCCAAGAUCCUCUGUUGUAUCUCUUGCAACUCCAAUAUUCAGAUAAAGUUGGUUGGAGAUUUCACCCAUGAUCAGGGUAUUAGUCAAAAGCUGAUGGCUGGAUUUGUGGAAUGUUUGGAUAGUGAAGAUACAGAAGAAUUUGUGCGUCUAGAAGAAGGAUCAGACCUUGAGAAGAAGUUAGCUGGAAUCCGCCACGAAACACGAAUCCACAUCUUGAACCUCCUCAUCACCUCUUUGGAGCGCAACCCCCCCAACCUGGCUCUCUACCUCCUGGGCUUCGAACUCAAGAAACCGGUCAGCACCACCAACCUGCAGGACCCAGGAGUGCUCGGCUGCCCACGGACGUGCCUGCACGCCAUCCUGAACAUCUUGGAGAAAGGAACCGAAGGCAGAUCGGGCCCGGUGGCCGUGCGAGAGUCCCCGCAGCUGGCCGAGCUGUGCUACCAGGUGAUCUAUCAGUUAUGUGCCUGCUCUGAUACAUCUGGCCCUACUAUGAGAUACUUGAGAACCAGCCAGGAUUUUUUAUUUUCUCAGUUGCAGCAUUUACCUUUUUCUAACAAAGAAUAUGAGAUCUCGAUGCUGAACCAGAUGUCCUGGCUAAUGAAAACGGCCUCCAUCGAGCUGAGGGUGACUUCUCUGAAUCGCCAGCGCUCACAUACCCAGAGACUCCUCCACCUCUUACUGGAUGACAUGCCGGUGAAGCCCUACUCAGAUGGUGAGGGAGGAAUAGAAGAUGAAAAUAGGUCUGUUUCUGGAUUCCUCCAUUUUGACACUGCUACAAAAGUCCGUAGGAAAAUUCUAAGUAUUCUCGACUCCAUCGAUUUCAGUCAGGAGAUCCCUGAGCCUCUGCAGUUGGAUUUCUUUGACCGGGCUCAGAUUGAGCAAGUUAUUGCCAACUGUGAACACAAGAACUUACGGGGCCAGACGGUCUGCAAUGUCAAGCUCCUUCAUAGAGUUCUGGUCGCAGAGGUAAAUGCCCUUCAGGGUAUGGCAGCCAUCGGACAGAGACCUCUGCUGAUGGAGGAGAUCAGCACCAUACUUCAGUAUGUGGUCGAGAGAAACAAGCUGCUGCAGUGUCUCCACGCCAAACGGCACGUGCUCGAGUCGUGGCGGCAGCUGGUCGAGAUCAUCCUGACGGCUUGUCCCCAGGACCUCAUUCAGACAGAGGAUCGGCAGCUCAUCAUCCGAGACCUUCUGCAGGACGUGCACGACAAGAUCCUGGACGACGAAGCCGCGCAGGAGUUGAUGCCAGUGGUGGCGGGGGCCGUGUUCACACUCACUGCCCACCUAAGCCAGGCGGUCCGCACGGAGCAGAAGCAGCCGUUGGUGCUGGGGCCUGCAGAGGCUCAUUAUACGUGCAUGCUGGACAGUGGUUUCACCUCCUCCUCGGUAGAGACCCCGGUGGUGGGGUUCGCUUCUAUCGGAGACUCGUCACUGCACAUCAUACUGAAGAAGCUCUUAGACUUCAUUUUGAAAACAGGCGGCGGGUUCCAGCGCGUGCGGACACACCUGUACGGCUCUCUGCUGUAUUACCUGCAGAUCGCACAGAGACCAGAUGAGCCAGACACCUUGGAAGCAGCCAAGAAAACCAUGUGGGAAAGACUGACGGCCCCCGAAGAUGUGUUCAGUAAACUGCAGCGAGAAAACAUAGCCAUCAUCGAGAGCUACGGUGCCGCCCUCAUGGAGGUGGUCUGCAGAGAUGCAUGUGAUGGUCACGAGAUCGGAAGGAUGCUGGCGCUGGCCCUGCUCGAUCGGAUCGUGUCGGUGGACAAGCAGCAGCAGUGGCUCCUGUACCUGUCCAACAGCGGCUACCUGAAGGUGCUCGUGGACAGCCUGGCCGACGAUGACCGGACUCUGCAGAGCCUCCUCACCCCGCAGCCGCCGCUCCUCAAAGCUCUUUAUACGUACGAGUCCAAGAUGGCUUUCCUCACCCGAGUGUCAAAGAUCCAGCAGGGCGCGUUGGAGUUGCUGAGGUCGGGGGUGAUUGUGAGGCUGGCGCAUUGCCAAGUCUAUGACAUGCGGCCGGACAUGGACUCACAGGGCGUGUUCAGCAUAAGAGACCCGCCCGUGUUCAUCCCUACUCCCGUGGAUCGCUACCGGCAGAUUCUCCUUCCUGCUCUCCGCCUGUGCCAGGUUAUCCUCACAUCCAGUAUGGCCCAGCACUUGCAGGCUGCAGGACAGGUGUUGCAGUUUCUGAUUUCACAUUCUGAUACCAUCCAAGCAAUUCUGCGCUGUCAGGACGGCAGUGCUGGCUCUUUGCAGGAAUUGGCUCUGCUGACUGGAAUCAUAAGUAAAGCAGCACUUCCUGGCAUAUUGAGUGAGCUUGAUGUUGAUGUGAAUGAAGGGUCUCUAAUGGAGCUACAGGGCCAUGUCGGAAGAUUCCAGCGCCAGUGCUUAGGAUUGCUCUGUCGCUUUGGUGGCUCGGACCGAUUACGCCAGUUUAAAUUUCAAGAUGAUAACGUGGAGGGAGAUAGAGUGAACAGGAAAGAUGAGAUUGAACUGGCUAUGCAGCAGAUCUGUGCCAACGUCAUGGAGUACUGCCAAUCGCUCAUGCUGCAGAGCUCGCCCACCUUCCAGCACUCGGUGUGUCUCUUCACCCCCAGCCUUUCGGAAACCCUUAACAGAGACGGGCCCCGCCAAGACGCCCCGGCCCCGGUGGUCCCCUGCUGGCGCCUGCCUGGCCUGGGCAUCAUUGUCUACCUGCUGAAGCAGAGCGCCAGUGAUUUCUUCAGCUACUACGACAGCCAUCGGCAGAGCGUCAACAAGCUGCAGAACGUGGAGCAGCUGCCCCCGGACGAGAUCAAAGAGCUGUGUCAGUCUGUGAUGCCUGCGGGUGUCGAUAAAAUCUCCACUGCCCAGAAGUACGUCCUGGCGCGCCGGCGGUUGGUGAAGCUGAUCAACAAUCGGGCGAAGCUGCUGUCUCUCUGUUCCUUCAUCGUGGAGACAUGUUUGUUUAUUCUGUGGCGCCACCUGGAGUUCUACUUGCUUCAUUGCACCCCGACGGACUCGCAAGAUUCCCUGUUUGCCUCCAGGUCCUUUCUUAAAAGCAGACGACUGCAAGAUUCCUUCACGUCUGAAAGCAACAUGGAUUUCAGAAGUGGGCUGACGAUUGUGAGCCAACACGACCUGGACCAGCUCCAGUCGGAUGCCAUCAACGCUUUCGGGGAAUCUCUGCAGAAGAAACUUCUGGACAUUGAAGGAUUGUACUCGAAAGUUCGAUCUCGCUCUAGCUUCAUACAGGCCCUUGUCAGACGUAUCCGGGGCCUGCUGAGGAUAUCACGGAACUGAGAGCUCAUGCUGCUGCUCUUCUGGGGAAGAGAUGAAUUGGGGAAGUUUGUCUCCUUUUUAUAAAUUAGUUUAUUUCUAAAUUAUGACCAAAAAAUAUUUUGCUAUUUUUUUCUUUAUAUAUGGGUAUCUUUUCUGUAAACUUCUUAGCCUUGUUCCAUUCUCCCUAUUAAGAAAGUAAAUACUUUUUAAGAA